CGCGGCCCGGGCGGCGGCGCCCAGGGACGCCGGGGGCCCGUUCGCGCCCGCCGUCGCCUCCGCCGCUCGGUUACCUCGAUCCUCCCGUCUCUGGCGCUUCCCACUUCCCUCACUCCUUAAUCUGGAUGGGAAGUUGCGGAAAAUGGACAGGGUCGUGCUGGCGUGGGUUGCUCUCUUCUGGCUAACAGCCAUAGCUGGAGGCCUUCAGGUCACAGUGCCCGACAAGAAGAAGGUGGCCAUGCUCUUCCAGCCCACUGUGCUUCGCUGCCACUUCUCCACAUCUUCGCAUCAGCCUGCAGUCGUGCAGUGGAAAUUCAAGUCCUACUGCCAGGAUCGCAUGGGGGAAUCCUUGGGCAUGUCCUCUCCCCGGGCCCAAUCUCUCAGCAAAAGAAACCUGGAAUGGGACCCCUACUUGGAUUGUUUAGACAGUAGGAGGACUGUUCGAGUGGUAGCUUCCAAACAGGGCUCAACCGUGACCCUGGGAGAUUUCUACAGGGGCAGAGAGAUCACAAUUGUUCAUGAUGCAGAUCUUCAAAUUGGAAAACUCAUGUGGGGAGACAGCGGACUCUAUUACUGUAUCAUCACCACCCCUGAUGACCUGGAGGGCAAGAACGAGGACUCGGUGGAACUGCUGGUGUUGGGCAGGACAGGGCUGCUUGCUGAUCUCUUGCCCAGUUUUGCUGUGGAGAUUAUGCCAGAGUGGGUGUUUGUUGGCCUGGUGAUCCUGGGAGUCUUCCUCUUCUUCGUCCUGGUGGGGAUCUGCUGGUGCCAGUGCUGCCCUCACAGCUGCUGUUGCUACAUCCGCUGCCCCUGUUGCCCAGAUUCCUGCUGCUGCCCGCAGGCCUUGUAUGAAGCAGGGAAAGCAGCAAAGGCCGGGUACCCUCCCUCUGUCUCCGGUGUCCCCGGCCCUUACUCCAUCCCCUCUGUCCCCUUGGGAGGAGCCCCCGCAUCUGGCGUGCUGAUGGACAAGCCGCAUCCACCUCCCCUGGCACCAAGUGACUCCACUGGAGGAAGCCACAGUGUUCGCAAAGGUUACCGGAUCCAAGCUGACAAAGAGAGAGACUCCAUGAAGGUCCUAUACUAUGUCGAGAAGGAGCUGGCUCAGUUUGAUCCAGCCAGAAGGAUGAGAGGCAGAUAUAACAACACCAUCUCGGAACUCAGCUCCCUGCAUGAGGAAGACAGCAGUUUCCGCCAGUCUUACCAUCAGAUGCGAAGCAAACAGUUCCCUGUGUCCGGGGACUUGGAGAGCAAUCCUGACUACUGGUCAGGCGUCAUUCGAGGCAGCAGCGGGGCAAGCCGGGGGCCCUCGGCCAUGGAGUAUAACAAAGAGGAUCUGGAGAGCUUCAGGCACAGCCAGCAGCGCUCCAAAUCCGAGAUGCUGUCGCGGAAGAACUUCGCCACCGGGGUACCGGCCGUCUCCAUGGACGAGCUGGCGGCCUUCGCUGACUCCUACGGCCCGCGGUCCCGCAGGGCGGACGGCAACAACCACGAGGCCCGGGGCGGGAGCCGCUUCGAGCGCUCAGAGGCGCGGGCGCACGGGGGCUUCUACCAGGACGGCUCGCUGGAGGAGUACUACGGGCAGCGGAGCCGCAGCCGGGAGCCCCUGACCGACGCGGACCGCGGCUGGUCCUACAGCCCCCCGCGCCGGCGGCCGCCCGACGACGCACACCUGCCCCGCCUGGUGAGCCGCACGCCGGGCGCCGCGCCCAAGUACGACCACUCGUUCCGGGGCGCUGGGGUGGAGCGGCAGGCGCUGCCCGAGGGCGCCAGCCGCGGCGGCAGCCUCGAGACGCCGUCCAAGCUGAGCGCGCAGCUCGGCCCGCGCAGCGCCUCCUACUACGCCUGGUCGCCGCAGUCCACCUACAAGGAGGGAACGCCGCAGGGCGAAGAGGAGGACGCGCCCGACGACGCGCUGCCUCCCUACAGCGAGCUCGAGCUCAGCCGGGGCCCGUCCUACCGCGGCCGUGACCUGCCCUACCACAGCAACUCGGAGAAGAGGAGGAAGAAGGAACCCGCCAAGAAGACGAGUGACUUUCCAACCAGGAUGUCCCUUGUGGUCUGAUGUUUGUUUUCAAGACAACUCUCUGGAUGACUAGAAAUCAGAAGCAGAAAACGGGAACAAGACACAAAUCCAAGAAGCAGCAGGCCCGGGACCUUCUCUGGCCACCACCUUGGAAGAUUUGCUGAUCUUUGCUUUGGCAAGGGAUGGGGGGCAGCCUUUAAGGGAGGCUGAUUCCAAACCUCAGUGCCCAUCUAACUAGUUUGAGAAGCUCAUCAAGAAAACAACUACGUGUGAGCACAUUCCCACACAUGGAGUUUCUCACCCACAGAGUUCAUCCUGCCCAAUCUCCUUCCUUAGCCAAACCAGGAUUCCUUUUCCAAUUCUGAAAGGGAAUUAGCUGUGGACUGCUAACUUCCAGAUAAUGCCUAUGCCGACAGUCUGCUUUUCUAUACCUCCUGUGCUGUGCUUAGAGACAGAAUUGAUUACUACUAUUAGAAGGGAUUCACUGACAGCGGAAGAUAGCUUCAGACAAAAUAUACCUUGUAGCCCCAUUACCUCCCAGUCACUAGUCAAUGACUGUUGUUACACUGAAAUCAGGCCUGUGGUGAGCUCAGUGACAGUGACCUGUGGGACAGUCACAGAAAUGACUUCAGUGUACUGUUCUGAAUGACAGUUCUUGAGUGGCUGGAACAAAGCAAGAGCUGUCGAAGUGGUAUUUCUUCUUCCAUCCUGAGAACAUAAACUGCUUUUUCUCUUUUGGCACAGCGACGUCUGAGUCUUGGACAUCAAGGGCUCUCCCUGUCCUCCCUUCUCCUGGACUCUCCACAGGUUGGUGCCACACGCAGAGCCCUGCCUCCGUCUGCACUCUGAUUAGGUUGUCAUCAGGUGCCUUUUGAUAAAUGAUUAAAAUAUACACAUGAAAGAGAAGAGGGAGCAAAAGAGGAGAAGACAGUAAUGCAAAAUAGAGAAGAAUGAGAAGGAAUCUAAGAAGAAAAGAAUAUAUUGUCUCAUUAUAAUUUGAAUAUGGGCCAUUUCCCCCGCAGACUCCACUGGAUCUUCUGUGUGUUUUAUACUUCAUUUACCAUGAAUUGUUCCUGCCAUCCCAGCUUCAUCAUUCCAGGACACCUGAGUGUGGGACAGGCAUCCCUGGGCCUCACCAGGCUGCCACUCUAGAUGCUCUUGGGAGAUGAGAGGUAUUACUUUCUCAGGAAGGAGCACUUCCUACUCCCACCCUUGUCUAAAUGAUAGAUUUUGCCUAAAUCCUAAAGCUAGAUCAUUCUGGAUUUUGUAAUUUGUAUAGAGUGUGAAAAAUGGCCACUCUUCCCUUCUCAUCAAGAGGUGCAGUCUGUUUCUCAACCCCUUGAAUCUGGGACCAGCCAUGUGAUUUGAUUUGGCCAGUGGCCCAAUAACAGAUGUGACACAAGCAGAGACUUGACAAGUUCUUGUGCAUGGGGCUUGUCCUCUCUUGCUGCUCUUGGGAAACUUGCAGUCACCACCAGGUGAAUGAGCCUGGGCUAGCAUGCUGCAUGACGAGAGAAAGGGGCCCAGUUACCCCCAUCACCCUAACUGGCAGCCUAUCAACUCUCAACUGAUUGCAAACACAUGAGGGAGCCCAGCCAAGACCAACAGAAGAACUGCCUACCUGAGCCCAGCCCAAAUUGCUGAUUCCUACUCAAGGCAUGAGAAGUUGGUGCACUCUUUAAAUGUUCAUUUCUCUUCAAGGAAAAACUGGCUUUUUCUUCUUGUCUGAAUGUUUAGCCCUAAAACCCUGACUCCAUCUAACCUUAGGGAUCUCUCAGUCUCCACUUUCUUUGACAGACUUUUGUCACAGCUUUUCAUCCCACACUGUUAUGGUGGGAUACAUGGUUGGGUCAGAUACUGGGGGACAAUGAUGCUUGGCGCUAUCCCUCUGCUCCCAGCAGUGGUCCAUCCUCUAUCUAUGGAUCCAUGGACAACCUCUGAAAAAGGCUUCUUCUUCAGCAUCUCCUUGGUCUCUCCAGAACCGUCUGGCUGGAGCUAGGCCCUUUUCUCAGAGUACCAUCCCUCUGGUAUCCAUUUAAUUCAUGGCAUUUCCAAACCGGUCCUAUGUGUGCAAUGAAAUAAAGAAGUGGCUAGGUGAGGGUCAGAAGGAUGAGUUGAUAUCAUUGCCUGGGGGAGAACUGGCCUGCCAAAGGACUUCACAGUGGCCUUGGCCUGUGUGAGCGGAACCAGGAGAACAGUUCAGCCCAGUGCUGGCACUUCCAAGGGCUGGAAGACACAAGCCAUAACCCUGGUGCUGAGUUUUAGACUUGCUGGUGUCCCUGGCCUCUGAAAGCUUUAGGUCUAGUCUGUCUUUUUGGGCCCCGAUUCCGAUGGUAAAGAUGAUUAAAACAUCGUUUCUUAGUCACCAGCUUUGGAUUUCAACUUGCUCAGGCAAUUUUAGAGAAUCUUGGGUAGCUGCAGUAGCUAUUAUCUCAUUAUACUGAGCACUGUGUCAGGCUAUUCACCACCAAAGAGCCCCAUAGCACCAGCUGCAGAGACCAAAAAUACUGCUUUUAUUAGUCAGGGGCAUGUAUGAUUUUGGUGAAGGUUGAAGGGAGCCAUGGGAAAGAAUUAUUAAAAUUGGAAACCUGCAGUCCCCAAACAACAGAACUACAGACAGACAAUAAAAAAUACAAAGAUGAUAACAGGCUACUGAAAUAACCUGGGGAGAUGGGACCAGGUUGUCCUCCGAAGGGCUGCAUAAAUCACUCGGACCUCCAGGCCUCCAGUCGAGAGAGAAAACAGUCAUUUCUGGGUAUGUGGACAGGAGAUAAGGUUGACUGGACAAGUAAAGGCAAAGCUGGCCAUCCUCGGCACCCCAGCUUUUCUCAACACAUCCUUCUGUUUCUUCUCCCCUAAGUAGUCUGUCCUGCAUAGGAAGUGCUUAUACAUGUGAGCUUCCUUCCUAGGUGUUACUGGGGGUACAAGAUAAGACUUGUGUAAGACUUGGUCUCCAUCCACGGGGACCCUGCCAUUGAAUAGGGGGAAUAAGACAUGCCCAAGAAAGAACUGGGAGAUUUUAUGCAUAUAAUAUGAAAUAUUGCUAUGGAUAAAUUACAACAAACCCAGAGAAUUAAAGGUUUUUAAUUUAAA